AAAUCGGUUACUGCUGCUACAAUGCCAGGUUAUACAGAUUAAAGUGAGUUUGAACGUGGUGUUAUAGUCGGCGCACGGGAGAUGGGACAUAGCAUCUCCGAGAUAGCAAUGAAAUUUGGAUUUUCACGUACGAAUAUUUCACGAGUAUACCGUGAGUAUCGGAAAUCCGGUAAAACAUCAAAUCUACGACAUCGCUGCUGUCGGAAAAAGAUCAUGCAAGGACGGGAUCAACGACGAUUGACGAGAAUCAUUAAACGUGACAGACGUGCAACCCUUCCACAAAUUGCUGGAGAUUUCAAUGCUGGGCCAUCAACAAGUGUCAGCGUGCGAACCAUUCAACGAAACAUUAUCGAUAGGGGCUUUCGGAGCCGAAGACCCACACGUGUACCCUUGUUGACUUCACAGUUACAAUUCUUGUGUUUUUGAAAACGGAGGUAAAACUUGAACAAUGGAUGAAUUAGAUCUGUUUCUGGAAUCAAUAUUGAACCCGAAGCGUCCUCCAACGUUCCCUCUAUCAUUACACUAUUCAGAAGGAGUUAAGUUCCUGCAGUUAAGAAAAUAUAAACUAGCUCUUGAACAGUUCAACAAAGCUUAUGAAAUGGACCCGAACAGCUUUAAAGUACUUGUAAAAAGGUGCAAAUGUUUCUUGGGAAUGAGACAGUUCGAACAUGCUCUUGCGGAUGCCCGAGCAGCUUUGCAAUUGAACCAUUCUAGUUUGGAGGUGAUAGAUCUGAAAGGUAAAGUUGAGUAUCAAAAGGGUGAUUUUGAAGCCGGUUACAAAACUUACAAAAAGGGCUUGGAGAUAAGACCAAUGAAUAAUUUUUUGAAAAUAGGCCGCCAACUUUGUGAAGAAGCCAUGAAUAAUUCAAUGAAGAAAGAAACUAAAAUUAUAAUCGAUAGUCAAGAUAUCUUGAAUUUGAAGGAUGCGCGUGAGCGCAAAUUUAAACCUUGUUGGAGAGACAAAGUGCCAUUUCUGCAGAACUUUUUAAGUGAUAAAGAGUUCUUGAAGCAAUUAUUAGCAGAUUCUGCAGCAACAGAUGUCCGUAGUCUCUGCCAAGAGACCAUAAGUCUUAUAUCGGAAAAUCAAAGAUUUUGGGCUAUGCAAAUGCCGUGCAAAAGAAAGACUAAAACGGAUAAAAUACAUCCUAGGAGAAAAAGCGCAAAUGUGCAACACAUUAUUUUUUUAAUAUCAAGAUGUAGGUUUUUUAAGAAAAGGGGUUUGACAGACUCUUGUAUAUCAGAAUGCAAGAAACUAAUGAAAAUUAUCGAAGAUUCCUCUGAUAUUCCUCAGAACGAUAAAUUGAACUUAAAAAUAGAUAUCCUUCACUUGCUCGGUGCUGUAUACAAACAAACAAAAAAUUCUACUUUAUAUUUGCAAUGCUUGCACGAAGAAUUGAGAUUGUCACAAGAACAUGACAUGGUAAUAGGAUUCAUAAGAGCCUCGCAUUCCUUAGCAAAGUAUUAUCAGAAAUGGGAAAACCUUGCAAAAUUUUACAAAUAUUUCUCGAUCUUGAAUGAUAAAUUAAAAUCCGAUAGAUUUCAUAUGUUUUGGGAAAAUCGAGACAAAUUCAAAAAUGUGUAUGGCAUUAGAGCUCUGCAAGAAGAAUCACUAAAAGAAGUUGAAGAAGCAAUGAUCUGGGCAUAUGGUGUCGAAGCAAAACUUAGAAAACAUAUCCAUGAAACAAUACUGGAGCCGGCGUAUGACAUUAUUAAAGAAACUUAUCGUGAAAAAAUCGGUCACCAAAAUGUUGAUCGGCAAUCCAUCGCAAGAAUUAUAUCGGAUUCAAGUGAAAGCGAAAACUUUUACCCGUUUGAGUCAGGAUCAGAUUCAGUAGCAUCGGACUCAAGUAUCUCGUCUAUUUAGGAGUUCUAUCAAUAAUCUAUUACUUAUAGGA